AAGGAAGAAAAAGAAAACGAAACAGAGAUAUUUUUUCCAGCUGAAAAGAACAAACAUCUCAUUGAUGUUCAGUGAACUUGCACCAAAUUACACUUCUUCUAUACUUCUUCUUCUUCAUAGACACAAACUCAGUUCUUGGCAAGAAACACAAACUUACAAUAUCAAUAUAUCCUCAUCAUGUUCUCAAGAUUCCAUGCUCUGUUUCCUCUUCUUCUUCUCCUUGUAAUUCUUUCAAUAAGAACCUAUAAAUGUGACUCUUCUUCUUCUUCUUCUUUCUCGUUUUCUUCAUUUUCUUCAUCUUCUUCUCAAACUCUUGUUUUGCCUCUAAAGACCCGAAUAACCCCAACGGAUCAUCAACCCACCGACAAACUUCAUUUCCACCACAACGUCACUCUCACUGUUACUCUCACCGUCGGUACUCCUCCUCAAAACAUCUCCAUGGUCAUUGACACUGGCAGCGAACUCUCCUGGCUUCGUUGCAACCGUUCCUCAAACCCAAACCCGGUUAACAAUUUCGACCCGACCCGUUCUUCCUCUUAUUCUCCAAUCCCCUGUUCUUCACCCACUUGUCGGACCCGAACCCGAGACUUCCUCAUACCCGCUUCCUGCGAUUCCGACAAACUCUGCCACGCAACUCUUUCCUACGCUGACGCUUCCUCCUCCGAAGGUAACCUCGCCGCCGAGAUUUUCCACUUCGGAAACUCGACCAACGACUCCAACCUCAUUUUCGGGUGUAUGGGAUCCGUAUCCGGAUCCGACCCGGAAGAAGACACCAAAACAACCGGGUUAUUGGGUAUGAACCGUGGAUCCCUCUCUUUCAUCUCUCAGAUGGGUUUCCCCAAAUUCUCAUAUUGCAUCUCCGGCACCGACGAUUUCCCGGGGUUUCUUCUCCUCGGCGACUCUAAUUUCACGUGGUUAACGCCGUUAAAUUACACGCCGUUAAUCCGGAUCUCCACGCCGUUACCUUACUUCGACCGUGUAGCUUACACCGUCCAGCUCACGGGAAUUAAAGUUAACGGUAAGCUUUUACCCAUCCCUAAAUCGGUCCUCCUACCGGAUCACACCGGUGCUGGUCAAACCAUGGUUGAUUCCGGUACUCAGUUUACUUUCUUGCUUGGACCGGUUUACACCGCUCUUCGAUCUGAUUUCUUAAACCAGACAAACGGGAUCUUAACGGUUUACGAAGACCCGGAGUUUGUUUUCCAAGGAACCAUGGAUUUGUGCUACCGGAUUUCACCGUUUCGGAUUCGGACCGGGAUUCUCCACCGGUUACCAACGGUUUCUCUGGUUUUCGAAGGAGCUGAGAUAGCGGUUUCGGGUCAGCCACUAUUAUACCGAGUCCCACAUCUCACGGCUGGGAACGAUUCGGUUUAUUGUUUCACAUUUGGAAACUCCGAUCUUAUGGGAAUGGAAGCAUACGUGAUUGGACACCAUCAUCAGCAGAACAUGUGGAUCGAAUUUGAUCUACAGAGAUCAAGAAUCGGUUUAGCUCCGGUACAGUGUGAUGUAUCUGGUCAAAGACUCGGAAUCGGAUCGUAAAACCAUAGAUAACCUGUGUGUAAUUAUAGUUUUUUUGCCUACGUAGAAAUGGUUUAUCUAGUAGAAAGUGUGCACGUGACUACAGUGAGAGUUGUGUUACGGACACGUGCGGAUGUGUAAUAACUAAUAAGUAAUAACUUGAGUUUGGUAGUAGUUAGUUA